AAUAAUAUAAUUAAUAUGUGUAAGUAAAAACACAAGUAAGUGAGUGAAAUAUCCAGACGAUAUAAACUAGAACUCUGAGACAGCAAAGCUGUCUCCAAAGGCGCUCAAAGGCCGCCAAUUUCCGUUGGUCCAGUCUCAGCAUCCCAGAUAAACUAUGGAUUCUCAAUCCACGAACACAGUUCCUAGAGGAAGAGGAAGAAGUUUCCUGCUCCCACAAAAAAAUCGUAAGAGAAAACCUGAAGAUCCAGAUCACUCAUCAAAACCAGUUAAAAUUGUUAAUCUUACAACCCCAAGGAUUAACAUGGAAUAUAAAAAAUUAAUUAAAGAUUUUGGUACGCCUGAAACUAUUAAUAAACACAAUCAAAAUCGAGGAAUUAAAACUGUCAAACCUAACAUACUAAAAAGAAGAAGGACUUCUUUGACCCAUCUGACAACAUCAGCUAUAGCCGCCAAGGCCAACACACCGGAGUCAAGCGAUACUGAAGGACCAAUGACCUCCUAUAAUCAACACAGCAUCGAUGAAAACACCGAAGUAGAUGAAGACAGCGAUGAAGAAGACGACAAUAAUGAAAUUGAUGAAACAAGUGAGUCGUCAGCGGUCAAUCAACCUGCUAAAAUUGCCAAUAAGAAAGACGCAGAGAACUACAUCUCUACGCUCGAGUUUGCCCCUGUGACAGCGGGACAGCUACUGAGGCGUAACAGGCUUGGCCGGCACGCAAACGGCCUAGUAGUGCUCGUGGCGCCCUCACUCCCGUGGGGUGCAACUACGUUGACGCUGGGGUCACUCAAACCCCGAGAUCUGAGUUUCUACUUUCGUCAAUCCUCUUUGGUUUCAUCUGUCCACCCUAAUUAGAAAAGAAGCAAUAAAUUUUUAUCUGGCCGCAAACAUUGUUGGGCCACUUCAAAUUUAGUGGUACGAUUAGGAUUAUGAAGUUUAGCAGCAAAUUGGAAGUUGACUUCUUUCGAAUCAAGUUCCGAUGAGCAAAGUAGGACGUCCAAUCAUAUGCCGCAGUUGUGUGAUCAAUGCCUCAAAUCUGCUCCUGUUGGCACUAUUCAUAAAUUAACUUGGGGCUUUUAAUAUUUCACUAUUUUAUUUAAUUGUGUACAUCUAUUACACAUUAGUGUAAUUACUAAAUAUUGAACAAUGUGACAAAAUGUAAACUUGGCGCAAUUUUUUCACAAACUUUGUUUUGUGAUUUUUUUUAAAUCGCAACAGUCUCUGCAAAAGGUUUAUCCGCUGUAAAACGAGCCAGUGUAGAACGCAAUCUUUUCACGCUAUAUAGGCGCACUUCAUUGAUUGCGUUGUGCAU